AUGGGUCUUUCCGAAGAAUCAAAAGUCAGUUUGGCUUAUCAACAUCCAGAAGAACUCUAUUAUUGUGGUAUUGUUGAUGAUCGUGAUAUUAGAAUGCUGAUCAAGGUAAUAAAUAACGUUGGAGAUAAAUCUGUGUAUGUCUAUGUGGUGGUUGAAGAAGGUGUAUCGCGUAACGAAGUGGAUGAUAAAGGAAAGACAUCUACAGCUAAUUUAUCAAGUGGAAAAGGGAGCAACAACUCAAUUAGUAAUAUUAAAAGUCCAAGUAAAAGUCAAUAUCAUAGUGUCGCUGAAAAUAGUGAUAAUGAUGUUGGGACAUAUGUUAAUGAUGUUAGUGUAAAUCAUUACUUUGACCAAAAAAAGCACUAG